UGUUAGCGUGUGUUCAGUGUGUUGAGUGUGUGUUGUGGUGCUUCUGCCAUAUUUUAUCAGCCCAGUGCCAUGUGUUGUCCAUUAGUGCCAUAUUUUUCUUGGCACUCUACAACUUGUUUUGUUUUAAGAAGGUGGAUGGUGCGAUGGUAGGUGGCAUCUAUGAGGUGGUGAGGCUGGUGGGUGGCCUGGAGGGCAGCCACUUCACCACCGCCACCACCUCCACCACACCCAGGACUGUCACCACCGCCCUUGCCACCAGUGGUGGGGACAUCAUACUCUUCAGUUACCGCGACGGCACCUCCACCACACACCGCAUUCCCUGGGUUACUGGGGAGAGUCGACGGCCCGCUGCUCUCGCCUUCAGUCCCACCGCAGAGUGGCUGCUUGUGGCCAGUGAGGAUGGCACGCUGUUUGUGGUGCCAAUCAAGGGCCACCUGGACCCCUCCGGCACCCGGGACCAGCGCUUCAAGACUGAUGAUGUGCUGGUGCUGCCCCCUAAUGGUAGCCGGGCACGCCCCUCCUCCCUGGUUUGGUGGCAGACGAUGGUGGGUGAUGCGUCGCUGGCCAUCAUCGGCACAGAGCUGGGGGAACUGUCCUUCAUUGAGCUGAGCAGUGGCAAGGAGGUGGGCGGGACCUAUAUCACUGUGCCUGUCAGGGAACUGCACCUUUGUCAUGACAGCUCCCAUGACACUGUGUACCUGCUGAUCACCGGGACUGAGGACAGGCAGUGGCGCUUGGUCCUUGAGCAGCGCACCAACCAGUACCUGUUUCCCCUGGAGCACAUCACCCCAGAGUGGCCAGACGAGGAGAGUCCAGGCGGCUCCCUCCACAGGUCCGGGCCCCCGCCUCGCUCGCGUCUCCUGGGCCUCAAGCAGCUGUCGGUGGAGAAGCUGCAGAUGUUAAGGCAGAGGUUGGCUGAGGCAAAGACCGGCUCCAGACGUAAACCUCUCACGGAAAAUAAAGGAGUGGACACUUGUGACAUUGAUGAACUGUCAGCCACCACCACCCCAGAGCAGGGCAUGACCACCUCCACCACCUCUAUAGCCUCAGCAGGGGAGGGUGAGGCACUGCCCCCUGUGGCCACCCGCCCUGAGAGGCUGUACAAGUUCAUCCACGACGUUGUAGCCACGCCCCAGUAUGCCAAGGAAAGGCACCUGCUUGUAGGGAACUGCAAGCCCAACACCACUCUUAUGGUGUACAGCACAGACCUGGAUCAGACGCCACUGUACGUGUUCAAGGUGGUGCCUGACGUGGACAAGGCGGUGCUGCAGGAUGAAGUUAUCUUUCUCACCAGCACUCAGGCACCAAACAGGCUUACCAUGGUGUCCACUUUCUUCUCCUCCUCUUCCAACAUUGACGGAUCCAUUGACACCAAAGUGAACCCUGUCAUACAAGAAAUUGAGAUGCCUGAGGAUGAAGAAGUCCUCUCCCUGCACUCAAGUCCUCCGCUGGUGGGUCCUGAGGAGGAGAAUGGGUACUCGGGUCAGUGCUCCCCCAUGGGCAGGCCGGGGCGGGGCAGGGAGGAGGAGGAGGAUGACAAUGAUGAGGAAGAGGUGGAGCUUCCCUCACACACUUGGCCUCACGGAUGUCUCAUAGUCACCUCUCAUGCUCUCUACGUCUGCCAGCCAAGGAUGAGUGUGGAGUCACUCUUCAUGAACCUGGUGCUCAAGGUUGGGGACAUUGACAGUGCUAACAAACUCGGCGCCAUCUUCUCCCUUGACCCAAAGCUUUUCGAACUGGCUGCUGAUGUCAAACUCAAGUCACGCAACUUCAGCGCAGCAAUUGCUCUCUAUAAACACUCUAGGUGCCCCCACGUGAAGUGCUCCAUCAAGUUUGCAGCGCAGGGCCUGGUGACUGAGUUCCUCACCUACAUGGGCACCCUGACCAGCGUGAGUGGCCCUGAUCUUGGUGCCGAGGAGCGCCGCAACCUUGCCAACCUGGCCAUCAUAUGUCAUCUGCACCACCUGUGUCUGCCGGGCUCCCACAAGCCUCCCCCGCAGCAGCAGGCCCUCAGGAACCUGCUGUUGUUCCUGCGGGACAACCAGUACUACGACGAGGUGCUGGCCCUCAGCCUGGCUGCCGGGGCCUGGCGCUGGGAGACCCUCCAGUAUCUGGCUGCCUCCAGAGGACUCUAUCUAGAGAAGCUGAGGCUGCUGCUGUCCUCACAGUCCUCGCCAGUGCUAGACACGCUGAGCUCAGAGCAGCUGGCUGGGACGGGCCGAGGUGAGGGGCUGCUGUCUGUGGCCAGGGAGAGAGAGGCUGGCUACCUCCACUGUGUGUCAGACCCAGAGCUGCGGCAGGUGCUGCUGGUGCGGCCAUCGCUGGCCCGCACCCACAUUGCCCUGGUGCUGAGCCUGCUGGGGGCUGUGGAUCUGUCAGUGCUGCGGCGCCUGGCCGACCUGUACAACCCCACACAUCCUGCUAUUAGACCCUUCCUGCAGGCCACCAACGGCAGAAAGCAGGCUUUUCCCCCACUGUCCUCAGUGGUGCAGAGCUCCUGCCUCCUGCCGGGGGGUGCUGAGGAGUUAGUGUCCCUGGAGACCUUCAUUGAGGUGUUCCUGGCCAUCAUUAUACAGCUCAAUCUGAGUAGGGGUUGGUGCUACAGGCCAGCCCUCCUCACGUACAAGCUGGAGCUUCCCAAAGAGAGAGUGCCGGUGCCACUUGACAAGGUGCGGUGCCAGGUGCUGAGCUGCGGCUACGGGCACACUGCUGUGAUCAUUGGGGGAGCUCUCUACACCUGGGGACUGUCAGACUACGGUGUGCUGGGACAUGGGCCACGUUCCAACACUUCCCCCAAGCUGCUCACUGGCAUGGGCAUCACACUGCUGGAGGACCAGGAGCCACUCCUGACAGGCCCCCUGGCAGGCGGCCCGGCCCUGGCACCUCUCCUCAAUGGCCGGGUGCUGCCCUCUGUGGUGUCCGAUGGCACAGAGCCCAAAUUGGUGUCCUACCUCAGCCAGACCAGAGUGUUGAGUGUGGCGUGUGGCAAGAACCACAUGCUGGCCAUCACCGAUAAUGGGGUGUACGGUUGGGGAAGCAACAAGUACGGCCAGGUGGGCGUGGGUGGCACGGGCAGGUGUCCACGGCCUACCCUGGUGUCGGCUCUGGAGGGGAAGGGCAUCGUGUCUGUCGCCUGUGGACAGUUCCACUCGCUGUGUGUGAGCGAUGAUGGCACGCUGUACUCCUGGGGCUGGGGUGUGCAUGGCCAGCUGGGCAAUGACAGUGUGGAGGAUGUCCACCAACCUUCCACAGUCACUCUCCUCGCCAAGAAGCAUAUCGUACAAGCAGACGGUGGAUACGCACACAGUGUUGCCAUGUCCCAGGACGGCAACGUGUACGCCUGGGGGUGUGGCACCUAUGGCCAGAUUGGCAAUGGUGGCAUAGUGAAGGUGUGCCGGCCGGUGAGGGUGCACCUACCCGGCCCUGCCACGCACCUCACUGCAGGAUACUUCCAGAAUAUUGCUGUGACUCGCAGCCACAAGGUGUACAUGUGGGGCAACAACCCUGCAUGUCUCCGGGUGCAGGCACAGCUGCAGCGCCGCCGGUCCUGCCAGCAGGCAGCAGAGGCUGGCCGGCGAGCUAGUGGUGGUGGUGAGGCACGGCCAGGCGGGCAGGGGGCGGGAGGAGAGCGAGAGGUGGUGAGUGAAGGGAGCACACCCUCUGGGUCACCAGGGGAAGGUGCAAGUGUAGACGUCAAUGGUGCUAGUGAUAGCUUUGAGUCGGGGGAGGAGGCCAUGGCUGCCCCAAGUCCCCCGGCCAACCCAAGUACAACUCUAGAUGAUAGUGAGGACACAAUCACCACACUCCCGGAGGAGGAGCAGCAGAAGGACAGGGAGGGUGACAGUGCCAAGUCAUUUGUGAUUUCCCCCGACCCUUCUCCAGAGAAGUUAGCGGGGCAUGUGGGAGAGGUGCGGGGUGAGGGUGAGGCCCCAGGCACCCCCAGUGAGGCCACAGACACAGCCAGCAGCACUACCUCACCCCAGGACUCCCCAGGGGAUGGUGGAGAUGCCACCGUUGUCAACAGUCCUGUCACUAAUGGAAACAUGAGUGGCAUGCCCCGGACAGUGAGUGCCAACACUGUGCCAUCAUGCGAUCCCACCGACCUGGGCCACCUCUUGCCACAGGAGGUGGAGAUGCCACAUGGCUUUGGUGCCGUGCGAGCUGUGGCCUGCGGAAGUCAGCACUGCCUCCUAUUGACCACCCACGGCGCACUGUACUCCUGGGGCAGAAACAUGUCAGGACAACUGGGUACCGGCAACAGGAGGGAGGUGACCAACCCAGUGCGCAUCAUGGAUGACGCCUACAUCACUGAUGUGGCGUGUGGAGCAGACUUCACCCUGGCCUUGGAGUCUCAGGGCCAGCUGUGGGCAUGGGGCUCAAACUUCUACUCCCAGCUUGGCAAGAGUGGUGCUGUGGAUGAUGACAAGGGCCAGGCGGGGCGAGUGUUCAUGCUGCGCACCACCAAGAGAGUCCUCAAGGUGCCCCACAGUGUACACUCCAACUGUGAGACCCCCAGACCCGUCACCGGCCUGCCUCCCAACCCUGGCCCUCCCCCGCCCCACUAUGGCAUCUCCUCCAACACCCAAGAGAAGCAGGUGAGGGACGGCAGCCACUGGUGGUUGGGUCGGCUGCCCAUGGAGGAUGUGGAGGAGCUUGAGGAGGACAAGAAGGCUCACACGGAUGAGCAGGAUGACGGGCUAUAUGGCAUCCGCACCCUGCAUUCUGCCCUCACCUUCUUCCACAGCUGCUACAACUCCAAGAAUGUCACUACCAUGCUACAAGAUGCAGAGGCCCACCAGGCACUAGCCACCCUGUACACCUUGGAGCGACAGUACAGCCAGGCCAUGCACCACCACCUCUGUGCGCUCUUCAAACAAGGGAAAGACCUCUAUAGACUCACUGCCACCACAACUACUACUACUGCCAGUCAGCAGGAAGGCAACACCAACUCAGAGGGAACCAUGGAAAGGCAGGGAAAAGAGAGCACAUCUUCUAGUCAAGAGCAGGACAAGUGUUCUGCUGAUUAUCCUUCCAAGAUGUUAGUGCUGGUGGACGAGGCGGUGAGGAUCAUUGACUACUACCUGAGGCUGCAGACGGAGGAGUCCCAGACGGGCAUGAGGCAUGUGCUCCAAGAGGGUAUUUCUCUCUGGCUGUCGCACGCCCUCCCCCUCGGCCAGCUGGAAGAACUAUUACUCACACACCUUCCCCGCACUGUCUACCCCCUCGCACUCCUGCUCUUUGGCGAUGGAGCGAGUGGGGAGGUGGAGGAGGGGCAGGAGAAAGUCCCUGCAGGAGAGGCAGGAGGUAGUGACCCAGCUGUGCAAGUGUUGGGUCAGCUCUCCACCAAGUUUUGCCUCAACCUGUGUACUUCUGUUAUCAGUCACCUGCAGGCUGGUGGUGGAGGCAGUGAGUACGUGGAUGCCCUGGCUCGCAUCAGUGGUGUGCAGCCGGGGUCUGAGGGCAGCCAGGAGGGGCGGACGGCCUCCUUUGAUGAGACAAGCAAGCUGGACCAGGCCCUGGAUGCCCUGAGUAAGAAGGCCACCAACACCAUCAACUUAAAGCAGGAAGAUGUGGCCAGCCUUCAGAAGAGUGAGGCAGCACACACCAGAAAGAGAACAGACUCUCGGGGCUCCAUCUCGGGCUCUCACAAGCUGAAGGCAGCCUCUAAAGGGAGCAAGGAGCAGGACAAGGACUGUGUGUUGUUCACCUGUGGUCAUCACUUCACACGCAAGGAGUUUCUGUCCCAGGUGCUGCCUCAGAUGGAGACCUCCGUGAUGACGGUGCCGGGUCUGCUGGGCAACACGGCACGGGUCUUGCUGGACCAGUACCACAGUGACCAGCCGGAGAUGGCCUGCCCUCACUGUGUCCUGGCUCACCUCACCAUUAAGCUCACCAAACACAAGCAGGCACAGUAAUCCUCAGCAACAGUACGAGGACGAUUAGCAGGAAGGUUUUUUUUCACUCGAGUUCUAAACGAGUGUUGAUGAAUUUAUACUUACUUCACCCUUGACCUUGCUGGUGUGUGUGUGUGUGUGUGUGUGUGUGUGUGUGUGCAUGUUGAAUCAGAAGAAACAUUUUACUUAAUUUUUCUUAGGCAUUUCAGUAGGUGUGUCUGUUUGUAUUUGUGUGUGAAUAGGAGUAUUUGUCUUGUCCUCAUUUGAGAGAACAAGCUUGUGUGUGUGUGUGUGUGUGUGUGUGUGUGUGUGUGUGUGUGUGUGUGAUGCCGAUUCAAGAGAACAAGCUCCUUAUUUUUUUUUUCUAUUCUUUAUUCAUACCAGUGACAAAGGCAAGUGGUAGCUGUCGUGCCUACUUACUUAUUGCUAGCCUGGUUUUGGUAAUGUCACACUCGGCCAGCAGGCAGCGAGUGGCGUGGUGACAGAAGGUUUGUUUCGCCUGAGCACAAUUUUUCAAGUCAGCCAAUCAACGCAUCUCGGCCUGUAUCUUGAAAUGCUUCAUUUUCUCCUCAAGAUUACUUUCUAAGGCUGUGGAGAUAAUUACUCGGGUUCUCAUGGGUGUUUUGUCUGUUAUGGUGCAGAAUUGUUGUUUGACUCUCACUGGUAUCCUGGAAACACUCUUGAAGACCCAAAUAUUUUCCAUUAAGACCUGUUGAAAGUUGCUGAGGUGAGACUCGAAACAUUUAAAGACGCGAUCAUUUAUCCCAUAGUCAUUACCUAAUUUUUUUUACAGUCCCAAAGAUGUUUUUGGAAUAGUCACAAAUGAUAUUAAGGUUUUAUGCUGUGGUGUAACAGAGUGAUAGACAAGGAAGAGGAGUGCAGAGUUAUGUGAUAUCUACAGUUUUCAACAAUUGAUAGAAGAGUAAGCGAUACUUGUUGUGUAGUUAUACAGUAUAAUAAUAUAAUAACAUAGACAUGUAUAUCUUUGUUACUCUUUACAUCAUCAGGGUAUAACAAGAUCUGUGUGUUAUGAUCAGUCACAAAUGUGUACUAACUUAGAUCACAAGACAGGGCUCUCCUUCCACUCCCUCUCACUAAGGAAGACGACAGAGAAGGCACACAGUUAGAAAGCAGCAGAAGCAGCAGCAGCAUCAGCAUCAGAAUAUGCAUUACGAUAUAUAUGUGUCUGUCAGAUAGAAAGUAACUAAAGCAGAGCAGAGCUACUUAUUUACAGGACUGAGCCACCAAUGUGUGUACGUGUGUGUUUGCCAGGAAGAAAACAUGGCCAGUGGAAAUAGUAAAACAGAUCCACGUAUUAACAAAGAACUGAGCCGUUGGAAUCUUUGCUUAUCAGAAAGAAAACUUGCAUUAACUGAAGCAGAGUUAAGGAGAGUCAUGCAACACUGUGGGCAAAAACUUGUUUCAUGUUGAAGUGUGUGGUGGGGAAGGGUGACAGUUGUGAUCAGCAUAAAGAAAAAUGCAACCUUAUUUACGUAGAGUCAAGUAGAAUUGUUUUGUUAAAAGAGGACCUGCUGAUGUUUUGAUAUGUAGCUCUCUAGUUGUGGAGAAUUAGUGUAGGGGUGACAAAAAGAACUAUUUGUAAUGGUUGCGAAGGAAUGGAACUUUCAGAAAGUAUGAUAAACCCGCCAUGUCAUUUGUUGUGGAAAGAAAAGGCAUUACUUACUGUGUACCCCAGUGCAUUGGUGAAGGAAGGAGGAGUGUGGCAGUGAUAUUAUGACCAUAGAGACUUAGGAGGUGCAGGCAAUGUGAAAAGUCUUGUUGUAUCAUUUGAAUGCUGAGAGCCUCCACCCAACUUAACAAUGCAUUAAACCAUUCUAUUGAGUUUGGUGAGAAGUUACAACAGUUUGAGAAUUAAGAUAGAGUUCACAUAGGCUAAGCUGACAUAUCUACAUGCAUUAUUAGCCCGUGGCAAACAUGCAUUCAUGCUUGCUGCAGCAACACAAUGGUACACAUCACUCACUAAUCAGUGAGGAUGAUAACAUGAUGCUUUUAAAUGGUUCUCCCUUGUGCAUCAUUAUGUACAAAGCCAGGAAGGAAAAAAAGACAUUAUUGGCUCCUGGCUGGGAGGGAAAAAGCAUUUAGUUCUCCAGAUUAUUUAUUUUACGAUUUCUUACUGGGGAAGAAUGACUUCCCUUUUUCAAAUAUAGGUAGUAAACAUUUUUUUUAGAAGCAGAUUGAAGUGUUUAAAGAGAGAGGAAGGCAUGCAGCAAGAGGAGGAGUUUGUUGGGUUCUCCAUGUAAUGUGUUCAUAUAACUCACUGACAGGGAACAAAUGACUCACACUCAGCAUUUUAGAGAUCAACACACAUCACUGGAAAGCAAAUUUUGACGUUAACAAGAAAAGCAAAGCAUUUCAACAAAAGAGGAAGAAAUUUAUUAGGUCCUCAAGAUGAUAUGAUUGUACAAUUCACUGACAGAGAAAGAGUUACUCAUAACUUUUUCAAAAGUUACUCAUCUCUAGAAGGUAAACUCCAGCGAUAAAAAAGGCAUAUCGGUGCACUGAACUAGACAGUCGGCACCUUGAUCUCCUUGUGUGUGUUUUAUAUCAUAGUGAAGAACAGAAGUCAGUCAUAGCUGCUGGCUUUAUCCUUAGAUGCUCAAUUCUUGCACUGUAUUAUAUUAUUGUGACCCUUACCUACUUCCCACUUCCUUGCGAGAGGACGUGGUGGGCGCCGAGGUGAAGGACUCUGGGGAGACGGAACAUGGCAGGGAAGACACAAUUAGUUAGACACGUGUUGGCAUUUCUUCUCAGGGCAUCAGGUGUGGGCUUCCUUUUCCACAUUAGACAGAAAGGCAGACAGACAUGUUUCACCACUGAUACUGAUUGGCUGACCACAGAUUUGUACUGAUUGGUGAGAUGUCUUUAGGAGGAAGAAUGCUUGUUUGUACUUUACACUUGUCUGACUCAUUGCAAGCUUCCUUUAACAAAUGAUGGAAAGAUUUAUUGUAUGCUUGAUAGAACCUGUUGGUGCUUACAUAUUGUGAUCGGUAAAGAGCACAGACUUAUGAGUGGCAAUGGCAUGAUAAGAUAGUGAAGCAGGAAUCAUCACCACCAUCUUCUUCAGCAUCAGUUUUUCAUACAGGGUUGGACAGCUUACAAAUCUUUCUCACUAUUUUUCAGGCAUACACACUGUCUGCUCUGAUCAUCCUUCAUAUAGCUUCCUUUACACAGUCUCCAGAUCCUUUCACUUUGGUCUUCUGGUUGUAUGAAACUUCCUAUCAUGUAUUAGUUUGAUCAAUACAAGGUUUCUUCAUAUAAUCCUUAAAUGUAGCUGCUUAAAGAAUUCUUGUAUUAUUGAUUGCUGAAGUCUUCCCACUGAAAUGUCAGACAAAUACAGCAGUCUUCAUUCAUCCUUUGUACACUAAUCACCACUGCCACUCAUUCAGACAAGCUGAAUAACCUGCUUCUCUUUAUUCUGCUAUGUUCUUCCUCAGUCUUGUGGCCUCUGAUCUACUGACUCUUACAAAAGGUGGUGAUUGAUUCUCAGUAGGUCAGAGGAUGUGAGAUGGAGGGAGAAUGCAAACCAAACACAGUGGACAUGAGUGUGGUGUUACUCAGCUUAUGAUCAUGUGUGCUCUACACCAUCAGUGGUAAUAUGACUAAAGGAAACAUUAAUGGCUGUCCGUCUCCCCAGCAUCCCUCAGCACACUUAAAACACCAUGACAUUUAUUCAAAAACAUGGACUGAGGCCUUUAUUGUAACAUAUUUCUGUUCUUGAUGUGCACUUCUAAAUAAUUUUAAUGAAUUCCCCUGAAAUUCACAAGUGCAUUCAAUUUGGAGCAGAACUGAAUGACGAUUGUCUUCUGCUCAGAUUGAAUGGGAUUUAUAUGAUAUACUUGUGUGUGUGUGUGUGUGUGUGUGUGUGUGUGUGUGUGUGUGUGUGUAAAUUCAGCAGUAGUUAAUUUCAUUCACCAGAUUCCACCAUAUAGUUUAAAGAAAAUAAUUCUCUCCAUGACUAAUUUUUCCUAACCUGACAUGACUAAUUCUGGUGUUACUUAACCUAACCUAACCUAAUUCAUCAAUAGGGUAGUAAUUUUGAGGGAAAUAAUACAUAUGGAAUGUUAAUUUUUAGCUUUUAUUGUUGCCGAUGAAAGUUUUCACUAAAAAGUAAUCCAUCCUUGAUAAUUUUUCCUAAUACGUAUAAGUAAUCCAAAAUCAGUAAUCUCAACAUUUCUGAGCUUAAUGUAAUAUAACCUCGUAUUUUAACCUGUCCUAAUUAAUGUAACCAAAGCAAAACCUACCAAACUUAACCCAAACCAAACCAAACCAAUCUUUGCCUAAUGUAACAAAGUGCAGUCUUAUUAAUUAUGGAGUUAACUAUUCGAGGUGGAAAUCUUGAAGGUGGAAUAUCUGUUGAGAAAAGACUUUGAAGGAUUUAUGAUAUGCAGUGUGUGUGUGUGUGUGUGUGUGUGUGUGUGUGUGUGUGUGUGUGUGUGUGUGUGUGUUGUAAUGAGGUAGUCAACACAAGAUGAGAAGCAAACACACGAACAUUUCCUCAGAGGGUCAGAAUCAUUCUUUUUAGCAUUGUGAACAUUUACUCAUGAGUUGGUCGUCUUUCUUGAGGCACUGGGAGUGUUUCCUCAGGAGCAGUUGAGGCUUUCCAAAUACUGUUUUCUUUAUAAGACAUUUAUUUUUUUGUGUGGAGGAUGAAGAAAUUUUCAUUACUUAUUUUAAAUCAUUAAGUCACAACUCUCUCUCUCUCUCUCUCUCUCUCUCUCUCUCUCUCUCUCUCUCUCUCUCUCUCUCUCUCUCUCUCUCUCUCUCUCUCUCUCUCUCUCUCUCUCUCUCAUAGGUAACUAAGGUGCUUCUUGUACUAAUAUUGAUAUUAUCUUUUUUUCAUUUUGCAUGAGCAACUGUUUAAUUUUUCUUAAUGUAUAUAAGAAUUAACUUGUGAAUGCCAACCUGUAUAUUAUGUAUGCAAUUAUGUGUGUGUGUCUGUGUGGCUGUGCUUUUUUUAUUUGCAUAAUGUGGCAUAGAGAUGAAAGAAGGAAGAUAAAGAGAAUGCCUGUGAUGGAAGGGUAUAUAGACUACUUAUUGUAACUCUCUCUCUCUCUCUCUCUCUCUCUCUCUCUCUCUCUCUCUCUCUCUCUCUCUCUCUCUCUCUCUCUCUCUCUCUCUCUCUCUCUCUCUCUCUCUCUCUCUCUCUCUCUCUCUCUCUCAAAAACACAGUCACCCAGUCCACAUAUUUUGUGUUGGAUAUUGUGUUUGACAUUGGUGCUUUUUUCUGUUUAUCAUCUCCUUUACUGCUGUGUGUGUGUGUGUGUGUGUGUGUGUGUGUGUGUGUGUGUGUGUGUGUGUGUGUGUGUGUGUAAUGCAUUAGUUAGUUUCCCUCAAAGUAAAUAUGAUGUUAUCCUUACAUAAGUGUACCAGUUGUGUAAAGAAAAGCAUAAGUAUGAGUGGCAAUGUGUGUGUGUGUGUGUGUGUGUGUGUGUGUGUGUGUGUGUGUGAGCAAUAAGUGAGCCUAGCAUGUACCCAAUAAGCUGUGUUGAUGUGAUAGACUGCUUUCGACAACAUGUUCGUACCUCAGCUUGUCAUGAUCGCAUAGCAAGUGUCUUCAUAUGUGUAGGUGUGACCUGGGGUGUUAGCAGGGAGGGAGGGAAAGGGAGGGAGAAACAGAGAGGGGCAGUUCCCACACCCAGCACUGGUGGGGGCAGUGGUACAUAAGCUCGGACAGCAGUCACACAAGAGAGGCAGAACUGCUCUUGCAUUAGGUCAUGUAGUGUAUCAUUGGGUCCAGUUGAGAGGCUUAGGACGGCAGCCAUUGGAUGUUAGGAGAGACGAGGAGCUGAUAUGAAGCUUUUAACCCAGCGGUGAAUCCUGAUAGAUGAGGUGCUGAUGUUGUGGUGUUUUGCUAAAGUAGUGCUUGCUUGGUAGUAGAUUGUGGCUGGCUGGAGGCUGUAACAGUAGAUCAAAGUAUUGUCUUCACGGAGAUGGGUUUGACAUAACAAGGUUGCACUGAAGGAGGCUGAAUGUUACAAGGAUAGCUGACAGUGUUGUUUUUGUAAUGGUGUAUUCAAGGAGCUGGAUGUUGCAAGGAUACGUCAUUAUUGUUUAGGUUAUGGUAAAUUCAAAAAGGCUGGAUAUUUGCAUGGUGGUGGAUGCUGCGAGGAUAGAUGCAAGUACUGCCUGCAGGAUUUUAAACUCCUGGUGAUCAGCUGGUGCAAGAACAGAGAACAUUAGUGGUGACUUUUUGGCAGAGUAGUGUGGGUAGUGCAAGGCUCCAUGGUGGCACUGCUUGUGUGGUGGUGGUGAGUCUUGAGAGGCUGGAGGCUGCAGGGAUAGAAAAAAAAAACUCAAGGCCUGCAUGGUUGUAAGUUGUCCUUGGUUUGAUGCUGCAAGGAUCGAUCACAGUGCUUUGUUGUUCAUGGCAGUGAGUGUUUUGACUCGUUACACUGCACGGACUGACUGCAGCACUGUUUGUAGGGCAGUGAAUUAUGACAAACUGAUUGCCAAAAAAGUAGACUAGAGUACUGUUUACUUAGCAGUGAAUCAUGAGACUAUAUGCUGUAAAAAGAGAGCAGUGCUGCUUGCCUGGCAGUGAGUAAUGACAGACUGGAUGCUGCAACACUAGACAACAUCUCUGCCUGCAUGGCGGUGGACUCCCGGCGUGGUUGUCACUACUUCCAGCUUGCUGUAGGAGGCUUUUCUCACCAGUGAAGGUUAAGUGCCUUGAAAGUGUCAGUUUUCCAGGACCAUAAGAAAGCUUCUGCAAACCCUCUCUUGCUGCUACACAGGCUGGGAGGGAUGGUAGGGAGGGGACAUGGGAGGCUAUUAGUGUUCAGGUCCUGGUGUUAAGCUUUAAACCAUUCUACUGUGUUGUAAUGAAAUAGCUGAUCUCAAGGAAUUCAUGAAGAGAAAACUAAACCUUUUCUUAGUCCAGUGUGUGGGAGUGUGGCAGUGAGGCAAAGCACAGGAUGGUGUGGAAGUGUUUGUGUUUUAGUUUUGUAAAUUCUCAAGUUUAUUAUAUAAGUAUGAAUUCUGAAAUAGACAAGUUGAAUAUGUCAAGGUGUAUUACAUAUUGUGCUAUUAAUACAUUCAUAAACUACAGAAUUUAUUGGUGCAGGAGACAAUGAGUAUAACAAAAUAUAAAGAGAAUGUGAGGUGGAGGAGGCAAGAGGACAAUAUAAAAACGAAAUAUGAAACUAGGAUGCACUGAGGGAAGACAUUCAGUUAGUGGAUGCAACAGGAGACAGAAUAAUAUAGAAAGAAGUCACUGGCAAUCUUCAACAGACUGAAAGACCUGAAAGAUGUAUUAAGGUUCCACUACACUUCUGCCCCACCCUGUGUCUUGCCACACCACCACGCGCACACUGGGCUUCUGUAGCCUAGUGUAGUGUGUGUAGAGAUGUAGACUAUUUUUGCUCAUAGCUGGCAGGAAUUUAUCGAUCAUCACUCAUCGGCCAUCAGGAAUUUGUUUUACUGCUAAGUGCUAAAUGUACUUUAUUUGAUUUGAUUUUCUCUCUCUCUCUCUCUCUCUCUCUCUCUCUCUCUCUCUCUCUCUCUCUCUCUCUCUCUCUCUCUCUCUCUCUCUCUCUCUCUCUCUCUCUCUCUCUCUCUCUCUCUCUCUCUCGGUCCUCCAUGUGGCUCUGUGCUGUACAAGGAGUGUAGAUAAAAGGGUACUAAGUGUAUAUAAGGAUCGCUGUGUUGUUCCUGAUCCCCCUCUUGCAGUCAUGUGGAUCUCAUUCUACUGUGCUCUCAAAAGUAUUAUGAGAUCUGAGGAAAAUUAUACAGUUCUGGUUUUACUGCUGUGUAGCUCAACAAAGUAUUUCUCUCUCUCUCUCUCUCUCUCUCUCUCUCUCUCUCUCUCUCUCUCUCUCUCUCUCUCUCUCUCUCUCUCACAUGAUGCGUACUUCCAACCUUCCUUGCAGAAUUUAGUGAGUUUCUAUGAUCCAUUUACACAGUGGAAUGAAUUUAUUUUCUUGCCUAGCGCAGUCCUUUGCACCUGGAAGUUUAUAGAGUGGCUUUUUAUGUGAUACUUAACAUUGGUAUUGGAUAGGAUGAUAUACUAAGGUUUUUUGUAUAGUAUUACUACAUAUAUAUAUACAUAAAAAAAUAAUAUAUGUACUGUAUAUUUAUUAUUAAUUUUUACUGGUAACUUUGUAAAAAUGUAAGUCUGAAUUUUUCUCCAUUGAGAGGGAAAAAGAUAGAUGUAAUUUAGAACAGUGGAUUGUAUUUUUUUUUUUUUUUUUUUUUUCACUGACAUGAGUGUAUAUAUUGUUCUUUAAUAUGUUACAUUAUCUCCCUUAAUAAACCAGUGAUGAGAUAUGCUAGUUAUUUAUAGGUCUCUCUCUCUCUCUCUCUCUCUCUCUCUCUCUCUCUCUCUCUCUCUCUCUCUCUCUCUCUCUCUCUCUCUCUCUCUCUCUCUCUCUCUCUCUCUCUCUCUCUCUCUCUCUCUCUCUCUCUCUCUGGCAGGGGAGGAGGUGGUGCUGUGAUUCAGUGCUUGACUUGCUGCCUUGACGUUGUGAGUUCAGUGCCCUGUUCCUUGGUGUGAGAGGCAGCACUCCCAUCAUCUUGGCUAGUGGUGUAUGACCCUGGUGUUUCCUUAUAUUUCUCUCAAUAACGGCACAGAGCAUGUUGUACUCAGAAAGUGUGAUGACUGUUUUUUUGCCAAGAACUGUUACUAUCUGAAUGUUUCUCCUUCCCAUCCCAGAUGGUUCCUUCCUCUUGUUUAUUGGCAACAUUGAAUUUAUUUGUCAUCGCUGGGGCUCAGUUCCCAGCAAUGAUCUCAUGGCUAGUUCAUCCCAUGUCCAGAUCAAUUUCUUUGUUAUUUCAUGAUUUGCCAAAAGGGAACAGAAUUAUUUUGCCACUUGGGGAGACUCAAUAAUAGGCUUGGAACACUACCAGUCGGUCUUGGCAAUGUCAAGUUAGAGUGUGCUUCCUUGUCAAGGCAUGUGGAUGGACUCUUUUCAGCAGUGAGUACUGCUCCAAAGACUGAAAAAGUCUUACUAUGGAGUGUUCAUGUGUUCAUAAGUUGUCACAGCUGCUUCACAUCAAAGUUCAGUCUUGUAACAUGUAAUACAUACUGUAAACAUUUAUGUUAAGGAAUGUCUACUGAGAUACAUCACACUGUACAUACACGGAAACCUGCCAUCAGGAAGGAUUAAGAGCAAGCAAGGAGGGAAUAUAAGGAUAGAUAUAGGUGGACACCUUUCUGUCAUCAUCAUCAACAGCAGAUAGCAUUUUCAGUCAGUUUGCCACCUGCUUGUUGCUGUGUGAGGCAGACAGCACUGACUCACCACCACUCCACCACAAAGGAGUGUUGCCACCUGUGGUCAAAUAUCAAGCCGUCUUCAUUAACUCUAGAUUUCAAUUUCUCUCUCUCUCUCUUUCUCUUUCAACCCCAGCUGGCACCUUUGACCUCAGUGUUGUGGUGCAAUAACUCAGUAAUUUCUAAUUCUCCACUGAAGCUUAUAGUAUGUUGUAAUUUUAUAUUUUCCCACUAGCUAUCAAAUCUUUUGAUCCUUUAUUGCUGCUACUACAUACACAUACCUCAUGUACAUCAUUCUAGCUUUCCCAAAGUUCUCCUAUAAAACUUAUAUCUGUCACUAUUUGCAUUUCCCCACUAGAUAUGAAGUGUUAGCAUUUUCACUCCCACUAAAAGUCAUGUGCAUUAUCUUUUCCAUUACCUUUCCACAAUGGGUGUGCUGCAGGAGUCUCCACACCUCACUGGGCUGGAACUGCAGUGUGGAGGGAAGGAAGGAUGGGGAGUCAUCCUUGUCUGGCCAUCUGUCUCUAUUCUUCCUUAUGAUCUUGAUUGUUAUGGAAAUAUUAAUUCUCUUGAUUUUCAAAGUACAACCCUAUGAUUUAUAUUGAGAUCUGUAUAAAUGUGGACGAGUACCACAUUGUGUGUAUUUAUUUGUUGCCAGAUUUACCAUGUAUUAGUUGUAAUGUUGAUACGUAAGCAAAUGAAAAGACUUGCUGGAUGGAGCACAUCAGAAUUAUUGCUACCUCUGAAUGCAAAGUUCUUCAUCUAGCCUUUAUACAUACACAUAUAUAUAAAUCAUUAAUCUUUUACAUAACAUGCUUCAUUACUUUAAAUAACUAUUCUAUGUAUUGUUACUCAAGUUCAAAAAAUGUUCCUUUAGAAUAAAAAGCAAACAACAAAAAAAAAUUGCCGCUGGUAUGGAGGGAAGGGCGUGAAGGAAGGUCACCUCCUCACCCCAAGGAAGGUUGGCGUGCAGGACCUGGACAUUUUGCUGUUUAGUUGUCCUCCAUUCUUAUUGUUAUUAUUACCAUCAUUUAAGUCAGCACCAUUUAAAUUACCACUCAAGAAAUGAAACUUUUCAAUCCAGUACAACCAGACAAGAGUUUGUACACAAGCGUUACUCCUGAUUCGUUUGGCGACUGACAAGCAUGUGUUUUCUAGCUGUUUGGUGUGACUCAAUAUGUUUCUCUUGGUGUUCACAGUCAUAGAUGAAUAGGAGUGCAGUCUGUCUCCUUAGGGAAGAUUUUAUGUAUAGCACAAUGAUGAUGCAGGACUUUGGCAAUCAUACAAGUGAAUAAAUUGAAAAUACAAAGA